AUGUUCUCUUCGUCAGCACGUGUCCUGGAUAAACUCAAAGGGGUAAGCCUCCAUCCGAAUGAAGUCAUGGUAUCUUUCGAUGUUACAUCCCUUCUUGCUUAUAUUCCCCAGGAUCUGUCAAUCGAGACGAUCGAGCUGCUUCUACAAAGCAAAUACUAUGAAUCGGAGAAUCGUCUUGGGCACACCCAAGUACUUCAGCUCCUGAAGUUCUGUCUCAGGACGCACUUCACGUUUGACGGGACAAUAUACGAACAGGUGAACGGCACGCCAAUGGGUUCGCCGAUUUCGGGAUUCAUCGCCGAGGCGGUCCUGCAACGGCUAAAUUUGCUGGUCUCCCAGCACCACAGACCGAAGCUCUGGGCCCGGUAUAUGUAUGAUAACCUCGUCUUUAUCGAUCGGGAUAAACUGCUGACAUUCGAAGAACAUCUGAAUGCGAUCUUCCUGGACUUACAAUUUUGGACGGAGGAGGAGGAAGAGAACAAUCAGCAGACUUUCCUGCAUGUCCUUGUAUGCCGCAAAGUUUGUGGUGGCCUAAAGACCACAGUGUUCAGUAAAACGAUAAAUACGAUGCAAGUACUGAACUUCAACAACAACCUACCAAUCAGCCACAAAGGCAGUUGUGUAAGGACGCUCUAUGGGCGAGUUGAAACAAAUUGCUGUGAGCCGGAAGACAAGAUUGCCGAAUUACAAUACCUCCGACGGGUCUUCAAAGCCAAUGGCUACCCGCGCAACUUCGUCAACCGGUGCAUACGCAAAAGGGACAAAAGGCCUAACCGCACGGCCACCAAAUUUUGGCGAGCGCUUCCGUCUGUAAAGAACGUUUCGGAAGCUUUCGACCGCCUUCUCGCACCACUUGGGUUUGGAGUUGCACAUAGACCGGAGGCAACCAUCAGUUGUCAGUUUAUGAAACCGAAAGACCGCGGCACGAAACGUCUGGGGUCGUUUUUCAGAUCUGGGGCAGUUGCGGACAAAGCAACAACGUCGGAGAAACCGAAAGACAACUCCAAACGCGAACAGCCGAGCAUGCUGCAGCGGUGCGGAGAAAUGACGUCAGCCCUCAAGUUGUGGCCCAUUCGAGGAGAUCCGUCCACACAUUCAAAUUCGACGAGGCCGAAAUUCUCGCAAGAGGUGGCAACCGCGUAA